CACUUGCCAGCGAACGUGAAUGGUUGUUUGUUGUAAGUAGACGCGAAAGAUAGUGCCCUGAAGAAGCGUCGUGCGCGCAAUAAUCGAAAAUGGCGUAGUAAAACCUAAUGCGUUGCCGCAACUCUCGUCGCGUGUUGUCACGAACAGUGAUCUUGUAAGAUUCCGCGGCGUCGUUUCUCUCUCUCGCGUAGACAAUCGACCGAAGUGCGCCAUGAUCGUGUUGGGCCGACGAACCCGUCAACGUCGUUGAGUGAAAAAUUUGUACAGUGUGCAUCCCGAGUGUGCUUUAGUGAAUCGCGCGGAUCGAGAUAGGAGAUCCCGGCGGUCGAUGUCGUCGUAAUCGUUCUCAUUGUUGUUACGGCACGUUCGCCAACGACGACGCUGACGCGAACGGCCUGAACGUCGCGACGCGACACAUCGUGACGUUACGUGACGCGUGACACGCGAGUCACGCAAUUACGCGCGUCUUGGCCGCGACGUGCAUGAACCCCGACAAAGCGAACGAGGAAUGGCCUGUGCGUUCGCGAACAGGAUUCGGUGAUUCUGCCCGUUCGUGACAACUUGACGACUCGCUCAAAUCCGGGCGAGACCAAGAUGGCGCCACCGGCAUUUUGACACUUGCCGAAGGACGAUCCGUCAGCUGGACUUCACCGUCGCCAGCGGGCGAUCCGUCUAUUAUGAGCAGAGAAUUCUACGUACCCUGUACGCCUUAUACCUAUCAACAGUGCGGCAGCGGCAGCAGUGGCGGUGGCGGUUCGACGGAGGGUGUCGUGGUGAGCGUCGGUGCCGGUAACGGCGUCGGCAGCAAUAGCGGCGUCGGUGGCAUGGAUUGCAUGCCCCUUCGUCCCGGUCCGUUCCAUUACUUGAUCAACGAGCAAGCCAAGUCUUUGGUGGCCCUGCAGGAACUGCAGAAUGAGGUCGGUGCCUUGCUCGAGUUCCGGGACCUCGUCAUCGAGACGUUCCCAAACCUCCGGCACAAGAUGGCCGCGACGGCGUCCGCGGGUGCGUCCGUGAUGUCGUCCACGUGCACCCAGAGCUCGCACAUUCCUUUACCGCUGUCAAGCCCGUCCUCGCGAAGGAUCGGCGAAUGGGAACCAGGCAAGAUAAGACGGCGAGUGACGCGCGAGGCUGGCAGCAACGGUAGCGGCAGUGGCGGCGGUGGAGGAGGCGAAUCCUCAUCCUCGUUGUUGCCUAGGAGUCGCAGCAACUCGCACAGCGGCGGCACCAAGAACAACUGUAGCGCGACGGUUCAAGAUUCCGGCUUCAGCACGGAGACCUCGUCGAAAGACAGUGCCUCGACGGCAAUCGCACCGCGAGCGAGUAGUCCCCGGCCAAGUCCGUUGGACGAGGCGGAGGACGAACUCUGGAAUCUAUUAGAUGUAAUCCAUCGCAAGGGGAUUCGGCUGCGGGAGGAAGUCGAGUGCCUUCAAGGUCGCCUGGAAAGUGUGACGACGGAGGAGUUGGCGUCGACGGAUGUGCUUGAAGCCGUGAGAAAUAUAACUGGACUCGACGACGCCGAUAGAACGAUCGGUCACGGUAGGAAUAACAUUGUCAACGAGCAACAGCAACAAGAUAGCAGAGACCCGCAAGUGAUAGCACUCAGACGGGAGAAAGAACAACUGCUCGACAAGGUGGCCGAACUCGAAGCGGAGACGAUAUCAAGUCGGGUCAGAGCUCAGGAACUGCAAACGGAGGUAGCCGCCUUGUCAGCACUGAAAACUGGAUUGGAGGAUCGGCUGCGGGCCGGACUAACGGAAAAUGCUUCGGAAAUCUUAGUGCCGGGUGUUCAGAGACUACAACCGAUCGCGCCGGUGAUUUCUUCGCCGAAGAAUGCAAACGUUAAUAUCAAGAGCAAAAGCUCGGCGUUUGCGUCAGUCACUGGUAGUCCUGGAAGCAAGGCUUAUAAGAGUCGCUUCCGUACGAGAACUAUCGAGAAGAACGUGCUAUUGGACGUUGUCGGGUGCAACGACGAGCCGCGCAAUAUCGAGAUCGAUAUUGAAGCUAAUGUGAAUGAGAGGCGAGCCAGGUUGGGAGCGCUCGAUUCCAUCUUAAUAUCGCCCACCAGGGUGGCUAAUGUGAAGGAUGUAGAUUCAAGAAAAAUCGCGGCCAUUCUUCGUGAGCACUCGCCCCUCGAACUUCAGCGACAUCUAAUCACUACUACCGUCCAUAAUCAAGUCCUACAAAAAAGAUUAGAUGAAGUGGAGAAGAGCACGGAAACUCUCUCUGAACGAUUAGACAAAGCGCGCGAGGAAAACGACGAUUUACGGUUUCAGUUGGAAGAACGAAACAUCGAAUUAGAAGGCACGCGGGCGCGAGUGCGCGUGUUAGAACGCCUUCAGCAACGACCACCGACGGAAGUCGAACCAGAAGCGGAUCUGGAACAACCCAGAUGCGAGCAGAGCGGCGUCGAGCCUGGUAGCAGUACGGAGUCCGCGCGAGAUCAUCAUCAGCCGGUAGAGAUCAAACCGUCGCCACGGCGGCGUCCUAGUCGUAUACCUUUACCUGGCAGCGCGAGUGGCAAGACGUCGUCGACGACGCCUACGACAAGCGCGACUACGAUCGCGCCACCGCGAUCUAGUCACGGCAGGAACGACAGCAGGGAAUCGCUCAAAUCGCUGACGAGACCACCGCGUGAUUCUAGUCGUGACAGCCACGGCGGCGGCAAAUCGUUAUCGAAAGCACGCGACUCUAGCCGGGAUUCACUCGGCAAUAGGAGUCUGUCCAAGAACGGCGGCAACGGAAGCAGCAGCAGUAAUGGUAGCGGCGGCAGCGGCGGCGGCGGCGGCGGCGGCAAUAAGGAAGCAAAUCGGGAGUCAUCCCUGAAUAACCGAUCCCUGCCUCGUAACAAUUCCAGCCGAGAUUCCCUAAAUAAAUCCUCCUCGCUAUCCCGUGCCCGUGACUCGUUGGAAUCUAACAACAACCUCAGCACAUCCUCACCUACGACAAAUACCCCUCCCCGACGACCGCCCGCUCCCGCGCGCCGUUCCCACAGCCUGGCGCGCGCGGCGACGUCUGUCGAUGCGUCCGAAAACGGCAAGAACUGCACCGAACCACCAAGUUCCUGGUGCUCGACCAACAGCAGUUUCCGGCACAGUGAUUCAUCGCUCUAUCCAGACUCCCUGAAUCAAGAGACAUCGUCCGUCACCGGUUCCACGCGGGUGGAAUUCAUAAUCGGUUCACCCACCAGGCGCUUCCGUACAAGCGCCGCGUGGCCUCAUCAUUACUUCGACAGUAUUAACUCGGCGGCUACGGUACCGGAGAGCCUGUUAACCGACGAGUUCCCUUUGCGACGCGGUGAAGCUCUGGCCGAAUGCGAUUCGCUCGAAUGUCAUCCAAUUUCAAGCGAGGAAUAAGUGCCGCGUAAUCGUUGACAUUGCGUCGUCGGAUUUAUGGAACAAAUAGGGUUGAGUCGCGUAGCGAGCAAGUUGUUCUGGCUUCUUUUUAUUAUGUUAUGUUGGAUAACUGGCUCUGCAGACAUGCGGUCUUAUCCGUAUCAUGUCACCGAUGAAUAUGCGAAUGUAGAAAUAAUAGAAUGUAGGCGCACACUCAUUUAGGAAAUACGACACGCUGAAAGAAUGACAUUCGCAUUCCUAAUGACCCUUAUUCCGUGCCUUUUUAAUAUCGAAGUUAAUGGUUUUUUUUUUUUUAAACAUCUUACAGUAAUUCUAAACGAGAAAAAUCCAUAACGGUGUGUUUCUAAAUUGAAAUAUAUUAUACAAUACUAUUUCUCACUACAGGAUUUAUUAUAUACUUUUCUCAAGUUGCAUUUAGAAAGCAUUUCAUACAUCUUUGUAAUAUGGCAAAAAUACUUUAGCAAUCUUAUCUAAUCAAAAGUAAUAUAUUGACUUGUCUUGCGAAUGUGCAUCAAUUUGUAACGAAUAGAACUGACAUAGCUAAUAAUAAUAAUUGCGAAAAGAUUUAUGCUAUGUUUUCACUGGCGAUAUAGAAAUAUAGUCGAAAUUUCGAAUUUGUAUAAAUAUAUCACGUUUAUUUAUAGCACAAAAGAAAAACGCAGAGACAUAAUCAAAAAUUAUUUCACAUCUUUUAACGAGAUUCUACAAAAAUACAUAUUACUUUUAUUGUAUCCAGACUUCUCGUAACUAUAUGAAACAUAUACCUAACUUAUAUUGAAAGGUAUACUAAUUCAUAUCAAUCAAGAAAAAUUUUUUUUAAUAUCUAUAGAAUUUUUUGUAUAUAUUAGUAAAGGCAAUGCCGAACAUUUGUGUCUAUUCAUUUUGAUAUUUUUUUAUAUUAUUUGAUAUUAUAUUUUCUAAUACCGUAUAAAUGAAGAACUUGGUUUACUUAACCAACAUCAAGAAUGAGUUUGUUAAUCAAACUUUCAAUUACUUGGUCCUUGUUCAGUAACAGUACUCUGCAAUUCUGUUGAUUUUGUAUCUACGUGUCUUAUAUAUCAUUAGUCUUGUGUAUUUUUUACAUUAUUGAAUAUUAUUAGGUCUUUAACAGAAAAUUUCUCAUUGCGUCUAGCAAAAGUGUCGUUAGCACUCAGGUAUGUGCUAAGUUCCAAUCAGAUUAUUAACUCGCAACAGAGAAUACCAGAGUCGAUAGUUCACAUUCCAUAUGUUCAAGAUGCAAUUUUAUAUUCCAUUUAGCAUUUGUAUCUUCGAUUUGAAUCUGUGUUAUAAUUGUCUUCUUAUUUAUUGCAUAUAUUGUAAUAAUAAGGAUAUAUGACGAUUGUAAUUGACGAAAAGCAUUAUUUGUGUAUACUACGGGUAAGCGGAUUACAUUAAAAUUGAAAUUCAGAAAAUGAGGGUGAUACUGAAAUUCAUCGACUUCGGAAAUAUAUCGAGUGCACUGUUCGCAUUCUCUUUUGAAUAUAAUACAUAUCACGUUUAAACAUUAAUUAUCGCGCGCUCGUCCACGAGAUACAAUUAACGGAUAUACAUUGAGGGCACGAACAUCGAAUACCUACAGAACGUUCGAUUUAUGUUCCGUCCGAUUCACUCAUAUGUUGCACGGUAUGUUAAGAAAGUUUAUAUUUAAUUUCGCUGUUUAUUUGCGUUGUUCGUUCGCAAAAUGUAUACCAUACUCGAGAGUGAUAAGAGUGAGCAAUGUUGAUCUUUACUCGUCAUAGGGAAGUUGAGGCUCGUCGGAGUUAAUUAUAAAUUAACUAUUCGUCGGAAUCGCAUUUUAAUUCGUGUAGCUCGCGACUCCGGGGAAACACUAUAUACUACACAGUUCCUCGCUUCUCAAGAAACAACCGAUUUAAUUAUUUAUAACUAACAAUGACAAUUAUUGUGAACACUGAAUAAUAUAAUCACAGAUGGAGCCUGUGAUCCUAGUUAUAAAUAAACUGCAAAACAUGUGAUUAACAUAUAGUUUAAGGUGUAAACCACAGGACUGACGGACUCUACUUAUUAUUUUAUUAGCGCCUAAUCGUUUUUACGCGCGGCGAAAUGAACAGAAAGACCGAUGCGCAUUCGGUGAAUCUUGCUCUUUUUCAUUAUCUUCUUUUUUUCGUACGAGGGUUCGUAACGCCGCGAAUGCUCAGAUAUUAUUGUUAUUCGUACAGUCGGUGGAUUUUCUGGUGCCCACAUCAGUGUACGCGCUGCCGACUGGAGGCUAUUAUUUUUAUACCUUUAAUUAACGAGCGUAAUAUCGAGAAAGAGCGUAUAAAUCGGCUGCAACGGUACAGCAGCCUCCCGACCCGAUAGUUAUUUAAGCAAAACGCUGUCACUGUAUUAUAUUUUAUCUAGUGUCUAGAUAUAUGUCUUAUCAUUAUAGGAAUUAUUAAUUAUUGUUUUACGGAUAUAUAUACACACACCGACACAUUUGUAUAUAGAUGACGUCGCGAUUUAUUUAAAUAGCUCCGAUGUAAAUAAAUUAUCUAUAACGAAUCUGCGAUAAUGUGAUCCUAUUAAUAAAAUGAAAUUACCUAAA